AUGGAUGCAAAUACCUUUUGUAAAAAUUCUUUAAUUGAACUGAAUGCUUACUUAUUUAAUAUAACUCUUUAUCGUUCGAACAAGUGUACUGAAUAUAGAAACAACCUUUCUGCGACCGAAACAUCCAAAUAUAAACUACAACAUGUACUGGUUUUACCUAAAAUUAACGUUAUAAUUGUUAUUGUGGCAUAUGCACAAUUUUUAAAUCGUACAUUUUUCGCGGACCGGUGUUUAAAUGAAAAUCUUCACAAUUCCUGGGCAACAAUCGUGUCCCGUGGUAAUUCCAAGAAAGUUGUUCGUCCUUUAUCUGUCCCUAAAAAUGUGGACUCUCAAUUCAAGUUACAAAGUAAGGUCAUCUACCAAAGUGAAGACCUUGAAGGCCUCAUCAGAAUGCAGAAGGCUACCGAAAUAGUGAAACAGGCCCUGACACCUGACUCCGCUCUUUUCUCCAUUCCUGCUUCGUUAAUCCAACAUCGUACCGAAGCAUAUAAGCCUAUUGAAACGCAAUGUGGUCCUGUUCAUGGUUUCCGCCCAAUCAGUAAUUAUGGUUCCAGCUUAGAUGGUGAUCAUUUGAUUGAAGCCAAAUUUGUUGAUGACUCAAGUUUUGACAAGGCAAUUUCUUCUGGUGUUACAAUCAAGAACACCGUUAUCAAAGGAACCCAUUCAAAUGAUAGCGAAGUGAAGAAGCUUGCCCACGUGAAGAUAUCACUUUUAUAUAUUCCUGAUAAGAAGGGUUUUCUUGAAAAGUUAAUGAGGUCUCUUCUUGUUUACGGAGAAGUCUUGCAAGUCAAGGAGUACACUUGUGGUGGAAAUUUCGAAGGCGAAUUAUCACUGAUACUCGAUACGACUACCGGUUAUUCUGAUGAUGAUAAUGGAGAGUAUGCCAAUGAGCCGCUGUCGAAUAAUUUAUAUUUGUUCGAAUGGGAUUGUUUUGCUUCGGCAUCCUUCAAAGGUGCCCCUAUCGUUUGUCAUUGGUGUCACCACGCCGGUCACAUACGCUCCAAAUGUCCGGAAUUGGCAAAAACCAAGUGCUUCGCUUGUCAAGGUUAUGGUCAUACCGCGAAAUUUUGUAAAAAGAAAACGUUUCAGCCAGUGCAAGUCCAUACCCCUAAGGAGGAAUCUAAUAUCGAGCUGCCUACGAUUGUUGAACAGGUUAUCUCCGAUUCUGAUACAGACCUGUCAGAUGCGUACCAGCCUUCGAAGAUUGCUGAAAGUGGUUCUUCAACGUCUAAGUACGCCACAACAGUAGAAACGGUGUCCAUGGAAAUUGAAGAAGACGAGGGUACAUUACCGGUGACAGUUCCGACUUCCCAUUUGGCUGGUAAAAUGUUUGAUGGUGGAAAAAAAAUGCUAGGACAAAAGCGUUCCAUUUUGGGUAAACAGAAGGCUAUCAAGCAAAACUCCAAAGGUCCUGCUCCUAAGUUAGUUGUCCAGACGCAACAUGCUCUUAAAGGUCACAAAAUGUUUACGAAGACAAAGGUUGCUAAACCGAAAUAG